AUGCUGCUUCGUAGAUCGUCACGUAUUCUGACACAGAGUUCGUUCCAGCGAACUUGGAAUGAGUUGCUACGCAGAAGCUACUCGUCUAAGGUAUAUCGGUUCAAUAACAAUAGUAGUAAUAACAAAUUUAAAAACAUCUCUAUUGCUAUCCUGGGUGGGAGUACUUUGAUACUGGCGUAUUCAUUGUUCUCACAAUCUACAGUCAUCUCUUUAGAGUCCCUGGGAGAGCAAAUAAGAAGGUAUACCACCAUUAAGAAGGAACCUGCUCCCACUAGUCAUGGAUUUGUCAUAUUGGAUGAUUCGCAAGUGAAUAAUCGUCUAAGAAAUUUGGAAGAAUCGUAUCUAGUUAAUCGCGGUACUGGUAUUGUUAGAUACGACAUAUCUCAAUUGCCUUCAAAUCACCCCAUUGAAGAUAAUCAUGUAGAGAGAAUCCUCUCCCAAGAUAACAACGAUAUUUACUUCUUUGGUAUCUUUGAUGGACAUGGUGGUCCAUUCACUUCGUCAAGAUUGUCUCAAGACAUUAUAAAAUACGUUUCAAAGCAAUUAUUGGAUUCAAAAGAAUCAAUGGAUAAUUCUAUUGUCAAGGGUUUUAUUAAUCUUGAUAAUGAUAUUAUUUUCAAUUCAUUUAGGAAAAUAUUUCAAGACUCUAAGGACAAUGCAAAUCUAAUCAAUUUAUUACCGGCAAUUUCAGGAUCCUGUGCACUUCUAUCUAUUUUCGAUUCUACUGAUUCCACUUUGAAAGUUGCUGUCACAGGUGACUCAAGGGCUUUACUUGGCGGUAUUGAAAACAAUGAAUGGUACGUGAAAUCUCUAUCCACAGACCAAACUGGAGACAGUCCAAGUGAAAUAGAAAGAAUACAGAAUGAGCAUCCAGAUGAACCAAAUGUCAUACGCCGUGGGAGAAUUCUCGGCUCACUGCAACCAUCAAGAGCAUUUGGUGAUUAUCGUUACAAGUUGAAUCAAAUUGAUGGUAAAUCUUUGAGAGAACUACCUGAAAAUGUGAGAAUGUUUUUGAGAACUGAACCAAAAGAGUUCAAGACACCGCCAUACGUUACCGCAAAACCUGAAAUUACGACAACAAAGAUCGAUUCUAAUAUGAAAUUUUUGGUAUUAGCCUCUGACGGUCUUUUCGAAUUACUCACUAAUGAAGAAAUCGCCGCAUUAGUUAUUAAAUGGAGAGACCACUAUAUAUUGAAAACUGCAGCAGGUAAUACUAAGAAAAACCUACCUCUUGUGAAGGAUAUCUCACAGGAUAAAGAUUCAUUGAGACCAACAUUCAGAUACAGAUCCAGUGUUGAUACCGUCGAUAAAGUGGAUUAUCUAUUGGAGGACUCCAACGUCGCAACUCACCUAAUAAGAAACGCAUUGAGUGUAGGAGGACAAAAAGAAUAUGUAUCCAGACUGGUCAGUAUACCGUCCCCCAUGAGCAGAAAGUACAGAGAUGACCUGACUGUCACAGUAGCAUUCUUCGGUGAAAAUGACAAGAUAGAUGGCACAACUGUGACUAACCAUGCGGCAACAAGACUCCCCACACCAAAACUAUAA